AUGCGGCAGUUGAAUGCGAUUUUGCGACACAUUCUACACCUGCCUUUUAAGAAUUUAACACUGAAUGCCUGUAUGCAGAUGCAACAGUUUCACUGUAGCACUUCACAUUUAAAACACAAUAAAUUAUGGAACCUUGGUAAGAUCAAUCACAUAGCUCUAGUGACUCCAGACCUUGACAAGAGUGCAGCUCUCUAUAGAGAUGUGCUAGGAGGGCGAGUUAGUAACAAACAACCUCUUCCUGAGCAUGGGGUUACAACAGUGUUUGUCGAGCUUGGAGACACCAAAAUUGAGCUGUUGCAUCCAUUGGGAGAAAAGAGUCCAAUACAAUCUUUCUUGGAGAGAAAUAAAUCAGGUGGCAUGCACCAUAUCUGUAUAGAGGUUGAUAACAUUCAUGAGGCAAUAAAAGAUCUGAAAGCAAAGAACAUUCGCCUUCUCAGCGAAGGACCGAGAACAGGUGCUCAUGGGAAACCAGUUAUAUUUUUACACCCUAAAGAUUGUGACGGUGUUCUAGUAGAGUUAGAAGAAGCAUAG